GCUAAAGUCUGGAGUACCAAAACCUGCUACGUCUCCCUCCCUCCCUCUUCCUCACGCCCUCUAUAUUUGUCGGAAGCCAGAGGAGUUUGACGGAGCGUCUGAGCAGGAUUCGAAUAGCUCCAGUUCGUGAAGUUAGCAAUAGAGGACAAAAAAAGAAAGAAAGAAAGAAAAACUUCAUUGAUUACUUCACAAACCGAAUUCUGUUAUCCAAAUCCGCCCGAAUUCUGUCGAAUUCCGGGAGCGGAAUUGAAUAGAGCAAGUAAACCUUGCUGGCUGUUGAUUUAUCUCUUGCUCCUCCCGCAUUAUUCUUAUCAGUCAAUAAUUAUCAGAAUCGAUGGGAAGUACAUUUAAUUCACACAUUUUAGUGGAAAAGCUGGCCAAGCUAAACAAUUCACAGACGAGUAUCGAAACACUGUCACAUUGGUGUAUUUUCCAUAUGCAUAAGGCGAAACAAGUUGUUGAGACAUGGGCCAGACAAUUUCACUGUUCUCCACGUGAGCAAAGAUUGGCCUUUCUAUUUCUAGCCAACGACAUUUUGCAGAAUAGCCGGCGAAAGGGUAUUGAGUUUGUCGGUGAAUUCUGGAGAGUUCUUCCAGACGCUCUUCGUGAUGUAAUUGAAAAUGGGGAUGAUUUUGGAAGAAAUUCAGUAUUACGACUGAUUGGUAUAUGGGAAGAGCGAAAAGUGUUUGGUUCUCGGGCGCAAAUGCUAAAGGAAGAGCUCGUGGGAAGGCAUGCGGAAAAGAUUAAUAGAAGUGAGAAGAAUUUGAGCCUCAAACUGAAGCAGCCUGGUGGAAAUACACUGGACAAAAUAGUUUCAACUUAUCAAGUUGUUUAUGGUAGCCAGUUGGAUGAAAAUGUUAUAUUGAGAAAAUGUAGGAAUGCUAUUAGCUGUCUUGAAAAAGUUGGCGAGGAACCUAGUGGUGAUAUUAGCUCAGGUGGUUUGCAUGGAGCUGCAUUUAUGGAUGAGGUGAAGGGGCAGCAUGCUAUACUGAGGGAGUGUAUUGAACAACUGACCACAGUUGAAUCAUCAAGAGCAAAUCUUGUCUCACUUAUGAAAGAGACUCUGCGUGAGCAGGAAUUCAAGCUGGAAGAAAUUCGUAGUCAGCUUCAGGUUGCCCAGUCCCAGUCAGAACAGUCUCAUCGGUUAAUAGAUUGCAACGACACAGAAUUGCCUGAGCAAGUUUCAAAAGAGGCUUACGAUUCCAUGGCACCUCCAGGCUUUAUAUCAGCAGAUAAGGAACAAGCAGCACCUGUUAUGUACAACCAGGAGCAGAUGUCUUAUCCUAAACAAUCUGGCCCCAUCGAGGAAGGGAAAUCUGCUGCUGCUGUUGUGGCCGCAAAGUUAAUGUCAUCUACAUCCUCGGCCCAUAUGCUUUCUUAUGUACUCUCCUCUCUCGCAUCAGAGGGUGUCAUUGGCAAUCCAGUGCAAGAUUCUUCUGGUGAUUACCCUCCUGAAAAGAGGCCUAAGCUUGAAAAUGACCAAUCUUAUGUUUCGCCUCAAAAUUCCUCACAACCACCAGCUCCUCCUUUCGUGCAUCCUGAAUCUGUCCCACAAAAUGUGAUUACCACCAUCCAGCAAUUAACCCAGAAUGAGCCCCCGCCUCCUCCCCCAUCACGUUCUCCACCACCACUGCCGCCAUCAUUACCCUUUAUGUCAGUGGCGUAUCCAAUGCCCCCUUAUAUUCAGAGUGUUGGAUCUGUCAACGGUGAACAAUUCAGGUACGGUAUGACCCAACAACUGCCUCCCUCCUUCCCAGGUUAUCCACCUACGACUGCUCCUGUCUCCGGCAUUUCUCCCUUCUCGAUACCUCCGGCAAAUCCAUAUCAGAGUUUUCAAGGUCCUGACGGUAAUUUCCACAAUCAGCCACCCUCUGUGCCAACAGUGCCCAUUUCGCGGCAAUAGUCUUCCAAAAGGCUUCUUGGACUGACAAGGUGUCUCUACUGCGAGAUAUUAUCAAGUAGACUGUAAACUGAAGCCAAAGCUUCCCUGUACUGAAUGUCUUGUUCUCUUAUCUCCCUUAGAUUAUACACCUAAUUAUUAUAAUUGCACAUUAUAGAUGUUUGUAACGAUAAAGGUUUGAACUUUGCUCGGCGUUUGGAGCUGAAAUUUUUUCAUCAAAUUGAUGCUUAGGAUUGUAAGACUACUUUGACAUUGCUUGUGUUCAACUAUGCGGAUGCAUAGAUGCAUCAGUUUCUUCG